GGUCCGGUUCUAGCCGUGAUUCCAGUUGUUUUCACGUCCCCCCCUGCACCAACAAAGGGACUCAAAGCUGCAGUCUUAAUUUUCAGAGUAAAAGCGGCGCGACUGACGGCUCGCGCUCCGAGCUGCAAACGGAGCGAAACAGCAUUCAGGAAAAAUAAGAAGAGAUUUGUUAACAGCGUUUAACCACAGAAGAGAGAAAAUGGUGUCGGCCGGACUGGAGAUCUUGGGACUGUCGUUGUGCGUAAUUGGUUCGUUCUUGGUGAUGGUCGCGUGCGGGCUUCCCAUGUGGAAGGUGACGGCUUUCAUCGAAGCCAACAUCGUGGUGGCGCAGACCAUCUGGGACGGCUUGUGGAUGACGUGCGUGGUGCAGAGCACGGGCCAGAUGCAGUGCAAGAUGCACGACUCUGUCCUCGCGCUGAGCCACGACCUGCAGGCGGCCAGAGCGCUCACCAUCAUCUCCUCGGUGCUGGGGGUGCUGGGUCUCAUGGUGGUGAUCGCCGGAGCGCAGUGCACCAACUGCAUCCGCACCGAGUACGUCAAAGCUCGCGUGGUGAACGCCGGAGGGGCGAUCUACAUCAUCAGCGGCCUGUUUGUGCUCGUGCCUCUCUGCUGGAUGGCCAACAAAAUCAUCUCGGACUUCUACAACACGCAGGUGCCUCCACCGCAGAAGAGGGAGAUUGGCGCUGCGCUCUACAUCGGCUGGGCGGCCGCCGCGCUGCUGCUGAUCGGAGGAACCCUGCUGUGCUGUUCCUGUCCCUCCAGCGGGAACUCUGGAUACUCUGUACAAUACGCACAGACCCAGAGAGCCACGCAGAACGGGGACUAUGACAAAAGGAAUUAUGUGUAGCUGCGUGGCUUGGAGCAGGCGGUGCGUAAAAGUGAACUGCAGCUUUUAAAAACUGUUAUUAUUAUUAUGAUCGUCAUCAAGGACGAAUUUUUGCACCUCCACUCCUUUGCUUGUUAUACAUCUGAACUUUAAAUUAGAGGAAGCACCUCUGCUGUUUUUACACAGGUCUCUACUCUCGGACCACAUAUUUACACUUUUUUGUGUGUUUGCAGGAGAUUAAAAAAAAUAGACCAUCAACCACAAGGAGUAUCUUUAAGGUUGGGUACCUGCGUUUGUAAAUGUUCAAAUUUUUUUGUUUUGAGUUUACUGCUGUUUAAACAUCGUUUUCACAUUCUUAUAGGCCUAAGUCACAGUUUUACACAGUUGUUCCCUUCGUUGUGCUCAGUCAGCAUGAAGUUGUACAGUUAGUGGCUGAUGUGCUCACAUUCAGAAAGCAGUUUCCUUGGUGGAGCUUUGUUGACAACAAUACCCAAAACUUGGGCUGAGGAAGGAAACUGCACACUUUAAUUCCCUAACAAAUCAGGAUAUUCUGUUGAUGUGGGGUGAUUGGAAAGUUUGUUUUGAACAUUUAGAUUACCUAAAACCUGGAAUCUGUUGCAGCACAAACAAGCAGAGUCCAUCAUUGAACCAUAUUAAG